AUCACCUGGUAGUCGGUCUAGAAGUACUUCGCUUGACCUGUCUGGAAGCGAAAAUGCAGCGGUGGUGACAGGAGACCACGCUGCGUUUAUUUCUACUUCGCAAGCACAGUACCACGACAGCGAAUUUUCUGAACUUCAAACGCCCGCUCCUCCACCACCUGGAGCGGUUCCGAUUUCACCCUCAGUCGGACUUGCGCCCUCUCCCAAGAGGGGCCAGUGUUGCAGCCCACUGAUUCAACAACAUCCAGAUGCAAGUAGGGGUGUGCUGCAGGAGGAGGCGCCGUUUCAACAGGCGGAGCAACCCGUGACGAGGGGUGAAAAAAUCGACGACGUCCUCGCAACACCACUGCAACAGAGGAGACCAUGCGAUCAGGGAACUCUCUCUCCCCAUGAAGAUGUUCAUACGCGACGUGUAGCGAGCACGCCUCAGACCGAUGAUGUGUCAGGUAAGGAGGAAGUUGGCCCGGCCUGUUCCGGGAUCAGGACCCCGCGUAUCAAAGGUGACACGUGCUCCACCCGAAAGUGUAUAGCUCGAGUUAUGAUGUCGAUAUUCUCACAGCAGGAAAUUUGAAUUUUAUGUUUAACCCUCUGCUCACUAUAACCUCGUGCAGGUUUGGUGGUGAUGAUUAUGAAGAAAUGCAAUUCUGCAUUUUUCACACCAAACCCUCCUUCACCGGAUUCAAAGAUUUACACAAGCGAAAAAAGUCCUAGCAUCUCGACCGUGUUGUUGAGACUGCGUUACCUGAUGAUUAGAACCCUCUGCGCAAUGCCCCGCGCAGGAUAGAUGAUGAUGAUGAUGAUGAUGAUGAUAGGAUUAGGAUCUCAUUGCUCAAAGUACCAUGAUGCAUGAGGUAGGGUGGAGUUGCGCACCACGAUACCGUUCCGUCGUCAAAGCAAUGGAUACAGUCCUCGACGAUUGUUUGAGCAGCCAGAGGACCCAAGGCAGCGCCAGGAGGAGGAGGAAGGCAUCUGGAGUGGACAUCGAGCCGCGGUUGACGACUCCAAGGACGACGAUGAAAUAAAGGACCCCGAUGAGCUUUGGAGCCGGGACAUUAUGCCCAUGGUGCAACAGUUCCGCGCGAGCUUGUUCCAAGACGCAUACGGUCGCUCUUUCCAGCACAGUACGCAAUCACAGACAUACACCCAGCAGGCACAGGCUUGCCUUAUGGAUUGUGCUGAAGCUGAUGCGGAAAAGGAGGCAAGAGAACUGGCUUCAUCCUCGGUAGAACAAUCAGAGAGGCACUCAUCUCUGCUGUCUUCACCUGUGCCGCUGGGAGAAGUUAUGGUGGCGGGGCAGCAAGGGCAAGAAGACGAGCUCGAAGAUGUGAAGUCUGACUCUUCGUGUCCGAGGGAGCUGGAAGACCCGUACUGCCGGAACUUGGGGUCAGUUGCGCGGCCCUGGAGCGAAGAGGACACGUGUUGCCAGCGAGAUCCGUUCCCGCAGAAGGAGAAUAACCCGCGCGACGUCUCAUCUGGGUCGAGCAGUAGCAGCUCGUCGGACGACUGCAGUGGCUCGGACGAAGAGCGGGAUUUGCGCCGAGGCCGACUCUCCGAACGAGAAAUUUUGCAAAGAAGGCAGAGGAGCGGAAUUCCCAUCCGGCGGCUGCCGGACGCACCGGCACGUUCCAUCCUGAAAGAGUGUACUACCACGUCUCCGAGUUGUUCUUUCCCGCACAGUACCUCCAAAAGUACUGUGCGCACCAUCGACAACGACUCGAGCUCUAGCAGAUCGCUUCGCCGCGGCACGGACCACCGCGACCCGGCACUCUCUUCGCCGCGCUCUUCGGAGGAUGGAGAGGCCGUGGGCAUGUCUCUGAGACCGGGGCGCCGCGGCGUCGCAGGAGGAGAGUCUGCUGGUUCCAGUGCGUGUGCCUCUAGCUCUCGUCCCAAACCUGUUUGUGGCAUAAAUGGCCCCGCGGACCAUGAUAGCAUCCCCUCUGGUUUGCCAGGAUCAAUUACGCAUGAUGCUGAUGUUGAUUCGUUCGUCAUUGACAUGCUCGGGGAGCAGUGUGUCGCAGUCGGCGGGGAGGCCCGGCAGCGCAGAACCUUUCGCAACGGAACCAGAAGCAACGACGAUGCGCAAGAGGAAAAGGAAGACUACAUCGC